GAGUCAAGAGGAGGUUAAUCUGCGAAGGAAACAACCUGUGGCAAUCUCGUAAACCUGGUGUAUGACAAUGUGAUCGCUGGAUCCUAACAAGAAACGACAAUAAUUUAUCAGAUAUGUGUGCGAGAAAGGACGCAGGGAAAGCACAUCUAUAGAGAACAACCAGUUAAGUAGCCACUUCUAAUCGCUCUCAAUGAUGUAGCUGCCGUUAUCUAGGAAGACGCAUAACGGAUAUCGUUCUGAAGUUAAAUCCUGACUAAAUAUGGCGCAAAUACAAAUGUCAACGGUAGACGGACUACCGAAGCAUUUUGUCAAUGCGAUGCGCACUCUGUUCGAUAUAAUGGACGAUCAAAAUACCGGGUUCGUCAAGUUUGCUGACAUUGAAGGUCGCUGGCAGGACGACGGCACACAGGGUCUACCCAAGGGUGUGCUGGAAUGCCUAAAGAAAGUCACACCGCCGAACGGGAUGUUGUCGUUCGAAAGAUUCUGUGCUGGUCUGAAGAUCUGUCUACUACAGAUACAGGCAGAGGCAGAUGCUAAGAAACAUGAUGGUCAGCCCAACAGGCCGCCAUCCGCGCCAAUACUAAUCCCUGACAAUCAGAACAAGGCAGCCUGGACCUCACCCAACACCGCCGCUAUAAGACCGAACAAUGCUAUAUCCCAGCAACGUACCCUCAGUAUGCCACAGUUGCUGGCCAAUCGCAAGGACAUGAACGCGCAGUUGGAGCUGAUGGAUGGAAGGAAUAUUGUAGAACCGAAGAUCAACAAGGUGUAUGGUCCACCAAAACCACCACGAACUGGCGCUGCACUGGAAGGUAGAACAAUGGGUCUGGAGCGUAACUUUGACAAAUCUGAGAUUAGGACUGCGCUGCAAAAUUGGCAGAUGGGUCUCAUGAUGAGCGAUGAGAAAGAAAAGCGUCAGCUGCAAGCCAUAAAUUAUAGACCAGAUGCCAGAACAUUACUGAGACCGACCAGAGUCCUGGGUGAUGGUAAAGCAGUUGAUAUACAAAGUAAUCAACUCGGUCUCCAAUCCAAGAAACUGUUGAAUCGUCGCAGAGAGCCCAGGCGGCACACGUUGCAGAAUGGUAUUGAUUACAAUAUGAUGAAAAGGAUGAAACAAAUUGAGCAAGAGAAGGAUGUACUGCUUCAAGGUCUAGCUGCUGUUGAUAAAGCUAGAGAAUGGUAUUUGAAGCAAAUAUCAGCCACUCAAGAAAAGAUUAAGCACCUCGGACGAAUGGGUUCUCACGUGGAACAAUGGACAGAGGCACAGCAAGAGCGUUUGGAACUACAACGCGCGCGUGUCUUGGAAGUAAAUCGACAUCUAGCCGCUUUGAUAAGCAGCUGGGAGCGCGGAGGACUUCCCCUUCAUAUGAAUCUCGCGUUUCUGAGUGCUCCGACUUCGGCUCAACUUCAGCAAGAUAUGCUAUCAAGGCUUAAACAACAGAAUCACAGAUUAACCGAGGAAGUAAGCAAAAAGAGUCAACGAAUAGUGUUACUUGAACAAGAAAAAGACAGCCUGGUUAGAGAAUUGUACAAUAGACAAUCGGGUCUGGUCCAAUCCCGAAGGGCAACAAUGAUCCACGAACAACACGAUCAAACAUUUAUGUAAGAAUAUGAAUAUUUCAGGCUUUAGAAAAUGUGCCACAUAUAAAUAAUAGAGAAAAUGAAUUAAAUAAAAUAAAAACAACCAAGAAAUUGAUGCGGCAGAAUGGUCGAUUAGCAUUGCCAAAUGCCAUAUCAUAAAUUUAUCAAUACUGCCUGACGUUUUAGCUGAAAUACUCUACAACAAUGAAUCGAUAAAAUCGUGUUUUGAAUCCUCCAGAAUGUUUAUAAUGACAUGUAGAAUACAUUUUUAAAAUAUUUGAUAUAUUGUAUUAAA